AUGCAGAUGCAUCCGCCUGUCGGCGGCCACGUGGAGAUGGUCGGGCCCGAUCGCCAGAUCGCGGUCAGCGGCUGUACGCAUGGCACCGUCGGCAGCAUCGUGCGCGGAACCUAUACGCUCGCCUCCCAGAACCACGGGAAGCCGACCUAUAAAAAGGACGCCCAGGUGAAUGGCUUAGACGUGAUGCUCUACUUCUGGGACGAGCGCGACGGAGCGGCCUUCAGCGGCUGGUGGUUCGGCCCGAAAGUAGGAGGCGAUCAGGUUUGGUCGCACCACCCGAUGAACACCCCGACGCCGCCGAAAUCCGGGUGGAAGGUGCCGUACGACGGCCCCGUCGACGUGACCAUGGCCCUCAGCUCGAGGUCGUCGGCUCCGCCCCCCGCCGGCCAGCAGGCCUGGGGAGGCAAGGCCGGCGGGGGCCUGCUGGCGGCACAGCCGCCGCCGCAGGCGCAGUGGCCCCAGCAGCAGCAGCAGCAGCAGCAGGCCUGGCAGCAGGGCGGCAAGGGCGGGAAGGACCUCGGGAAGGGGCGGCGGCAAGGACUUCGGUAA